GAGGCGGACCGUUUCUCCCCGGAACCUUGUUGCCUGGGCUGGCGUUGCCGGGCGGGAGCGGUGACGCGGCAGUCUUCUUGGCGGCAGAGAAGGAAGCAGGGAAGGGAAGGCGGCGCGAGUGGAGCCGGGGCAGGAGCGGCGAUGGCGGAGACCAUUAUAAUCCGUGUCCAGUCGCCAGAGGGAGUGAAACGUAUCACAGCAACAAAACGGGAAACUGCAGCAACAUUUCUGAAAAAGGUUGCAAAAGAAUUUGGUUUCAGAAAUAAUGGAUUUUCUGUAUACAUCAAUAGAAACAGGACUGGUGAGAUCACAUCAUCUCCCAAUAAAUCCCUCAAUUUGCUAAAAAUAAAGCACGGAGAUAUGCUGUUUCUCUUUCCCUCAUGUCCACCUGGUUCUUCUUCUGAGAACAUGGAUGUCUCAGGUUCUCAAGGAGUGCGCCAAAUAGGUGUUCCCCAGGUGGUGGAAGAUGAAAUUGACCAGUACCUAAUAAAACAAGAUGGGAAAAUUUACAGAAACAGAGACCAGCAACUUUGUCGACAUGGCCCAUUGGGUAAAUGUGUGCACUGUGUACCAUUAGAGCCUUUUGAUGAGGAUUAUUUAAACCAUCUGGAGCCUCCUGUGAAGCAUAUGUCAUUCCAUGCCUACAUCAGGAAACUGACCGGAGGCGCAGACAAAGGGAAGUUUGUUGCCCUUGAAAACAUUAGCUGCAAGAUUAAAUCUGGAUGUGAGGGACACCCUCCGUGGCCUGAAGGCAUUUGUACCAAGUGCCAGCCAAGUGCCAUCACACUCAACAGGCAGAAAUACAGACAUGUGGAUAACAUCAUGUUUGAGAACCAUACCAUUGCAGAUCGUUUCUUGGACUUCUGGAGAAAAACAGGAAACCAGCAUUUUGGAUACUUGUAUGGGAGGUAUACAGAACACAAAGACAUCCCUUUGGGUAUCCGAGCUGAGGUUGCUGCCAUCUACGAACCCCCACAGAUUGGUACACAAAACAGCCUGGAGCUCCUGGAAGACUCAAAGGCAGAGAUUGUGGAUGAGAUUGCUGCCAAGCUUGGCCUGAGAAAGGUUGGCUGGAUAUUCACAGAUCUGGUCUCAGAGGACACAAGAAAGGGCACUGUCCGGUACAGCCGGAACAAGGAUACAUAUUUCCUAAGUGCAGAAGAGUGCAUCACAGCUGGACAUUUUCAGAAUCAGCAGCCGAACAUAUGCCGCCUGUCUCCAGAUGGUCAUUUUGGAUCCAAAUUUGUCACUGUUGUGGCUACAGGGGGUCCAGAUAACCAAGUCCACUUUGAGGGCUACCAGGUAUCCAACCAGUGCAUGGCUCUAGUACGUGAUGAAUGCUUCUUGCCGUGCCGUGAUGCUCCUGAACUUGGCUAUGCAAAGGAAUCAAGCAGUGAACAAUAUGUGCCUGACGUGUUCUAUAAGGAUAUAGACAAAUUUGGCAAUGAGAUCACUCAGCUAGCUCGUCCCCUUCCUGUUGAGUACCUUAUUAUAGAUAUUACUACUACGUUCCCUAAAGAUCCAGUUUAUACAUUUUCUAUUUCUCAAAAUCCAUUCCCUAUUGAGAACCGUGAUGUGCUGGGGGAGACUCAGGACUUUCAUAGUCUGGCUACAUAUUUGUCCCAGAACACCUCCUCUGUGUUCCUUGACAUCAUCUCUGAUUUCCAUCUGCUCCUCUUCUUGGUCACCAAUGAAGUGAUGCCUUUACGGGAUAGCAUCAGCUUGUUACUAGAUGCAGUAAGGACUCGAAAUGAGGAGCUUGCACAGACUUGGAAAAAAUCAGAACAAUGGGCCACCAUCGAACAGCUUUGCAGCACAGUUGGUAUUCAGUUGCCAGGACUCCAAGAAUAUGGUGCCAUCGGUGGCUCAGCACAUGCAGCAACCUCUUCCAUGUGGGCCUGUCAGCACUGCACCUUCAUGAACCAGCCAGGCACAGAUCACUGCGAGAUGUGUAGCCUCCCACGUAGCUAGGCCCCGUUUGGCUUGGCAUUCAGGGCGGCCAUUACAGACCAACUGGCAAAAAUACAGAGGCAAACCCUUAAGCCAGGCAGGACUGUUCUUCCUCCUGGGAUAAUGCACCAUGAGGGGUGGGGCAGAAUGGGCAAGUGGGGUGGUGACCCAUAUUGCAGGCCCUCAGUGCCAUUCAGAGGGUGGUAGCUUGCAUUUGGGACUGGAUAUUCCAGUGAGAGAAGAUGACACAGCCCUUCUGUCCAGUGCUGCUGCCUUGCCUUUUCUUUGCUCUCAGUAUUGUAGAAAGCCAGAGGUCAUGUUUCCCUUGAGCUGCGGUCACACGUGUGGCUCAUCAGCUCUAUGGGCACAUGGCAGAGUGGCCAUGCCCCCCUGUUAGCUUGCAUGCCACAAGCUUUCCCCAGCCUUAAGUCAGUCAGUGAGGCUAGGCAGCAGUGUUGAAGGGAUGACUUGGUCCCCGAGGGCUAGCUUGCCUAAUAUUGUUCUCUUGACAUGCUUUGCAUUUAGCCCCAGAAUCACUGGGUCAGUGGUGCCUGAGUCACUGCAGUCCACCCUGUAACUAUAGCUUCCAGAUUGAGUGACUUGCAAUGACAGAACAUGCUGUGGCUUUAGAGCCAGAGGCUAAGCCCCAAAACACCUUGACGCUAAAAGGAAAAGAGAGCAUUAUGCUUAACUUGGAAGGGGUAUCUGUGGUUGCCUGUUGACCCAUUUCUUGUCCAGCUCAGCCAUAAUGACAAGAGCUCUAUCAGCUGCUGUUCCCUAGUGUUUCUUAUCUAGCGGGUGUGGAACAGAAAGGAACAUUAUCACCCAGAUCAGACAAUGACAAUGGCUAUCUGGUCUGAAAGCAGACACCAAUUUGACCAAAAUCAUCUGGGCUGUGUCAUGGUUAGGCAGGCAACAGUUCACAAGCAGUUAUUUGCCCCAGGUCUCCACAUGCCAUCUUCCCUUUACAUUGAAACUAAUUCCUGAUAUCUGUAACUGUUGGCAGGUAGAGCUUGGACAUACCUUCCACAUGCCUAUUAAUGUUCUGACUAUGAUCUCAGCAGGGCAAAGUUAAACGGGGUAUUUUUAUUAUUAUUAUUUGGCAUCUUGGAGCUUUGUCUUAUUCUGCCAUGAUCCAGGUGCAAUGUAGCCAAAGGACCAGAAAUUUUCUUGCCUCAAGAACACCAAACUUGCUGACUGUUCAUGUAACCAAAACUUAGCAGUGCCCUCAAGUUCCUUAUUUUUUUGGUAGUAGAGUUCCUUAAUUUCUAGCUGUAAGGAGAUAUGUUUUCAUGAUCCAGAAGUUCUCAUUAUCUCUGCCAGCAGUGAAAGUGCACAUAUGGCUCCUCUUGCAGCAAGUAUUUCUGCACAACAAAACUGUUCUCUCCUAGUCAAAUCCAUCAACUUUAUUACAGAGAGACCAAGACAUGUUUGACAUCUGUUUGGUUAUGUGGACAGAAGGCAUUCUGUUUAGACCUUCCCAAGUUUUGUCUUUUUAGAUGCUCAUCACCACAGCAUAAUGUGCCUCCACCCCAGCUCCCUGUUCUCAUUAUGGGUGUGUAAGCCUGGCUCCCAGACAACUGCCAUGAGGGAUGUGAUCUUUAUCUUCCAUGGCAAAAGUAUCUUGGGUUUAGUUGGUCAAGUGUUUGAAAGCACUUCCAUUUGGUUCUAAUUAUGGUUGACAGGACAUGUGACAUGGGUUUGCAUUUUGACUAGAUUUCUUGAGCUCACUGGGCUGUAGCUGCUCUUGCUAUUCCUCUUCGUUCUAUGGGUUGCAGAGGUGUGUGUUUGGUUUGGAUUGGAGUUAACUGAAUAACAGCCCUGAAAAUAAAAGUCUAUUAAAGUAUCUGAAAAUGA